GAAAGCUCGCGAAGAUGCUCGAAGGAAGUUAGUACGUCUACAGUCGCUUGCUUUAUUUGUCCGGAAAAGAGAUCCCCGCCAUAAGGCUCAUCUUGCACGUCAAACUCAGUCUAAAGUGGCAUCUGGUUCAGCUACACCUAUGCAAGGGGUCGCUAAAAAGAAAGUUGCCCCGGUUGUGGAUUAUAAGAUUCAGGAGUGGCAGAACAUCGACACGCGAGGUAUGCAUGACGAUUUGGAGUGGGCCGCCGCAGAAGGAGGAGAGUCUGAAGAGUGGGAAUGUGUGGCAUGCGGGAAAUCAUUUAGGAGUGAAGCGGCAUGGGACAGCCACGAACGCAGCAAGAAACAUUUGAAGGAAAUCGCAAAACUGCAGAAAGAAAUGCAGCAGGACAAUGAAGAGCUGGAUUUAGGGGAAGAAGUGAAUGUGAUUGCCGCUGUUGCAACCGGAGAUCAAGAAAAUGCUACAUCACCUUACGCUGCAUGCGUUACUGGAG